UUGCGUUUUCUGUCAUAUUUCGGCGCGUUAAAAGAAAAAAAAGGAAAAUUACAAAAAGUCACUUGGCUUUUUAAAGAUUCUUUAAGAAAAUUAUCCAAAAAUAACCGAAAGUAUAUUUGCAAUUUUUUUUUUUUUUUAUGUUCAUAGCGUAAUAUUGGAAUAGAAGUGAUUUAAACGUUUCGCAAGAAAUAAAUUUGACCUUAUCUUAAAUUGGUCGCAUAUAUAUUUGAGAAAAUAAAUCAAAAUGCCACGCAUAGCGGAGCGUAAGAAAGCAAAUAUCAUCAUUAAUAAUGCCGGCGAAAACGAUGAACCUAAGCGCAAAAUGCAACGCGUGGUUUUCCAAUUGCCAUUACCCGAAAGACCACGUGUAACGGGUCGAGUGUUUGUAUGCGGACAAGGUGAUAUGGGACAAUUAGGAUUGGGGGACGAUUCAUCCAAAUUUGAACGGAGGCGUCCCACCCUGGUGGAAAAGGUGCUAAAUGUGGUUGAUGUUACAGCUGGCGGUAUGCAUAAUCUGCUUCUUACUCUGGAAGGUCAUGUCUAUUCGUUCGGUUGCAAUGACGAGGGUGCUUUGGGUCGUGAUAGCAGUGAAGAGGGCUCCGAGUUUGUACCUCACGCAAUUGAUUUACCUAAUAAAGUCUUAAAAAUAUCGGCGGGUGAUUCGCAUUCCGCUUGCUUAUUGGAAGACGGACGUGUAUUUGCGUGGGGAUCAUUUCGUGAUUCUCACGGCAAUAUGGGUUUGACGUUAGAGGGGAAUAAGCGUUUGCCUAUUGACGUCUUACCGGGAAUAAUUUGUUGUGACAUUGCCUCCGGGGCAGAUCAUUUGGUUAUAUUGAGUUGCGCUGGUAAAGUAUAUACAAUUGGUUGUGGAGAACAAGGUCAAUUAGGCCGAGUGUCUCUAAGAAGUGCGUCAGGAGAAGGAAGGCGCGGUAAAACCGAGCUAUUAAAACCUGGUCAAGUCGUAAUAAAGUCUGCUAAAUUUAUCGAAACCAUUUGGGCGACUACUUAUUGCACUUUUUUAAAAGAAUCGCAGACUGGUAAUAUCUGGGCUUUUGGUUUAAAUAAUUACAAGCAACUAGCCUGCCCAAAGGACAUGUCACCCAUAAUCACUCCAAUAAGUAUGAAUUUGGAUCGUGUUUUGCAAAUAGCCGGCGGUCAACAUCAUACUAUGCUGCUAAAGUAUGGCGGUACUGUUGAAGUUAUAGGUCGCAAAGACUACGGCCGUUUAGGUUUAGGACCCGUUAAGGAGGAUGUCAUUAAAUUGACACCUAUAUCAGCCUUGGCAAGGAAAGGCAUCGUUCAUAUUUCCUGCGGUGAAGCGCAAUCAUUUGCGUUGACAAAUGAUGGUAAAUUGUAUGCCUGGGGUAUGGGAUCCAAUCAUCAAUUGGGCACAGGAUCUGAGGAAGAUGCCCUUGUGCCUACUUUAAUUGAAAGCAAACAAGUUGAAGGUAAACGAAUAAUAAAAGUUUCCAGCGGCGGCCAACAUACUAUAUUGCUCGCCGAAGAUGAAAUUCAAUUUGACAAUGCACCGACUGCUAAAUCUGGAGUAAAUACAAAAACCAAUGACAUCGCUACAAAGAAAAACAAAUAUGCUAAAAAUUCGAAACGCACUGCGAAAAAAGAGGAAGAAAUUAAUGAGACAGACAGAGCAGCUGAAGAGAUGCCUGCAACUAGUAAUACAUCUUUACCAAAAGGCCGAAAGAAACCCAUCACGCCAGAAGAGGAUCCUCCAGCAGAUAACGCACCCCCGCCCGCGAAAAGAGGACGCACAAAAAGGAAGACGUAAUUACCAGUUAUUUGAGUAAAAUGCGUACAUUUUAAUUAUUACGAAAAGACGAAAUUAAAAACAUUUGAUUUCGAUGAGCUUUAAUGAAAAACUCAACUUCUUUUUAUAUUUUAAUGUUUUUUCCCCAUUUUUUAUGUUUACUUUUGUUUCAUUAAAAAACUUGAAUAUUUGUAUUACUAUAAUAACUAUAGAUAAACAAGAAUAUAUAUUCAGUUAAGAUACGGCCACUUACAAGAACAAAAACCGGCUAAUGUUUAUAUGGAUAAGCUGUUCGGUUUAUUGUUUAUUUAUUGUCAAAUUUUUUCCCAACUUUUUUUCUAAAUAGUUAUAUUUGUCUUUUGUGUUAAUAUUUCUUUCUUUAACUGUAAUUGUAAUUGAACUCAAUAAAGAACAAAUGUUCACGGACUUGAA